AUGUACCACACUCGCAAAGCAACUGACCGCCGCGACAAGGUUUAUGCCUUGCUCGGCAUGAGCUCUGAUGAUACUAGCAUCGCAGGGUUAUCCGCCAACUAUGAGAUUUCAUGGGGACGACUAUUCCAGCAACUCAUCAACUUCUUCUCUAAACGAGUGUCUGUAGACACUUGGGAUGAUAAGGAGAUAGCGGUAAUCAGGGGCAAGGGUUGCGUUCUAGGCGAAGUGUCUUCAGUCGAAAUAGACACUGAUUGGGAAGACAGACAGCACGUGGGCAUUACAUGGAAGAAUGCGUCUGGCUAUAGGGGGCCGGGUUCUCCCUGGACCUUACAGGCCUCAGCGAAAUCUGUCCAGGUAGGGGAUGUUGUCUGCCUUCUACAAGGAGCGUCAAGGCCUACAAUCAUUAGGUUAUGCAACGAUUAUUGGGUCGUUAUAAUGAUUUCAGUUCCCCCUCCGGACGAUCUACAAGAUGCGAGCAGUGACACCAAGUCGAAGCCUUUACGAUUGAUAACAACCUUCCCACAUGAUUUCCUACUUGUCUGGAACUGGAAUAUGUAUCCAGGCGAGUCGCAGGAUGGGGAAGACUACGAACACUUCAUGGGUACCCUAGUUUCGAAGUGCUCAAAUACAGAGCUGGAAUAUUGUCUAGAUAAAGUGACCAGAUUAUGGAAUACUGGAGUGGCACUACAAGACAUGGGAAAAGAUGAGGCAGGGGAAAAUCUCCGAAAAGCAAUGGAGAUUAUUGAGAGACAAUUGACAACAAUGGGUGCCCUAGACUUCGCUUGCCCAGGUCCCGACCAUUCGAUAAGAGGAGAUAUGGACAAGCUAAAAGGAAUGGUAGAUUUACUUAUCAAGGACAAGGGCGGAUGGAGACCGCUGGGGUUGGCGGCAGGGAAUGGGCGUGAGGCAAUGGUCAAGCUGCUGCUCCAUACUGCCAAAGUCGACCCAGACGUCAAGGAUAAGGAUGGACGGACGCCGUUAUGGCAGGCGGCAGCGAACGAGCACGAGACAAUCGUCAAGCUGCUGCUCGAUACUGCCAAAGUCGACCCAGACGCCAAGGAUUGGUACGGACAGACGCCGUUAUGGCAGGCGGCAACGAAGGGGCACGAGACAAUCGUCAAGCUGCUGCUCGAUAUUGGCAAAGUCGAACUAGACGCCAAGGAUGCAAACCACGGUGUUAAGGUGGGGUAG